AUGAACACGCCUCGGGAUUCGACCAUGGAUCAGGACGAGACCGGUUCCUCUGCGUCCUUUGCACAUUCGCUUGCGGUCGUGCCUCUGGACACCGCUAACACCAUCCACAAUAUCAGCCUUGCCCUGAAUAGCGGUGACACUGAACUUUCGGGAGAUCCGUCCCACGCGAGCGAUGUCCUUAUGAGCGAUGUCACGAGUGCGGUUCAGAGCAGUAUGGGGGCCAUGGAGCAAUCGCACCUGCAACCGGAAUCGCGGAUGGCUGUGGCCGAAUUGCUGGUUUCUUUGGCACAGAACUCGGGCGGCAACGAUAGUCCGUUACAGGAUGGCGGAGCAGCUGCAUUUGUCAGCGCAGCAACGGGAAUCCCGCCUACUAAACAACAAUCACCCAUUUACAGGAAUGCUGUGGACUAUGUUGGGUCUGUCAAGAAGGCCUAUGAGAACAAUCCCAAGAUCUACACAGAGUUCUUGUCUGCGCUAGAGCAAUAUCAUGGUUUGAAUAUGCCAAUAGAUCAACUGGUACGGACCGUGAUGACGCUUUUCCAGGACCAGCCAGAUUUGCUGCUUGGGUUCAAGGAGUUUUUGCCGGAAGCCCAGGGCCUGUUGAACCAAUUGGUGCCGCCCAUGAUGUACUCGGAUUAUAAGGCAACUGUAGGAAAGGCACCGGUGGUCUCUGCAGUACCGCCAUCUCUACCAUUAUCAGCAUCAGUAAACUCUUCGAUUAUACCCGGGGCAUUGAUAGGCACACCAGCUGCCGGUGUUCAACAGCAAGGAAAUCCCAACCAGAUUCUUAACAACGGACACGCAGCAGCGGAUUUCCUCAGCUUAAUCAAGGAACGGUCGCAACAGGAACCAGACAUGUAUCAGCAUCUGAUCACACUUCUUCGGAAAUUCCAAAAGGAUCACUCUUAUGCAAACCUCUACUUCUACGUAUCGAUCAUCUUGCGGUACCACCCACACUUGCUGCAACGAUUCCACAAGUUUUUGCCUGAUGUGGUGUCUGGUGUGGAGGUGACGGAACCCCGCGUAAUUUCCAAGGCACCACCAGAAGAGUUGGUCGUCUCGCCCGAUUUCAUUGAAGCCAAGGACUUUGUGCAGACUGUCAAGUAUGAAGCGAAAAGCGACCUGUCAAUGUACGACCGAUUCAUCUUUGCACUUGAGAAAUACCAACGUAACGGAUGGACCAUCGACCAGGUCUAUUCGGAGGUAUCUCUUAUUUUCUGGAACCACCCUGACGCAUUGGCAGGGUUCAAGCAGUUCAUUUCGUCUGUACCACCACCACCGACACAACCUUGA